GGGAGGGAAGCAAGGAAGGGGGAGUGCUGCUGCCCCCGAAAGGGGAGGGCUGGGAAGGGGGCAUGGAGGCCCCGGGGGACACGGAGGGGCCCUUCACAUCCACACCGAGAGAGUCCCCUCCUCCUUCUCCUCCGCCCCCCGGAGCCCCCGCAAAGGACUGAGUCAUCAACAUCAUCUAGUAGUGAAAGUUCAGGUGAAGACUGGCUUAUAAAGGUUUGCUGUCCAGGAGCUCGGCAUCGAUAUCGUAGAUAUGCUAAAUACCGAAAGCCUAAAAAGACUGGAUUCCUACAUAAUUUAGAUGAAGAAGAUGGUGAAACAAAACCAAUAAAAUGGAGACCUAUUACAUCUUACCAGAUGUUCACAGGAGUACCAAAACAGGAGAGUUCAGAAUUGCAAUGGCUUAUAAGACUUCGUUGUCCAAGGGCCGAGAUGGAGGAGAUGAUACCAGAUGCAAAACAAUCUCUUCCAGCAGCUUCUACAUCUUUAAGCCGAUCACCAAGCAAGACAAGAAGUCCUCAAACUGGAGGGUUAAAAAUUUCAGAUAGCUGGCUGAAACAGAAACAUUUUUCUCUUGCCCAGGCUCUAGUUAAUGAAAGACAGAAUGUUGGUUCUACCCAGUCCCUGUUGGAAAAGGAAAAUUGCUUUAUCAGGGAAGUAGACAGGUAUUUGAAGCACAGUGAUUUUUUAGCCCUAAGGAGGAAGGAAAUGUUGUACAAGAAAUGGUUUGAGAAUGUUUCAAGACCACUACUCCAGACAAUUCAGGACAAAAUUGACAAGCAGUCAAGCGAAGAAAUAGAGGAAAGGAAGCGAAAACAGCUCUCCCUUUACUUAAACUACUGUAACAAGAAGGGUGGUGCAUUUUUAGAAAGUUACAAUCCUUCAUCUUAUGAUCCUUUCUUCCUGAAGACUUGUACAGAUGUUUGGAAGGUAUCAGUUCCACUUUUACAUGAUCCCUUGUUAAAGGAUAUAAGAAGAAGAUACCUUGAGGCUGGCAUUAUCCAACAGUGUGAUACAGGAAGAAUAUUCUCUCCCAAAGAGAUGAAUGAACUCCAUAAAGUUGAGCUGCCACUUCUUCCUUUGAGUCGACAGCUUAUGAGUCCAGUAGAUUGGCAGAAAGUUCCAUCUGGAUAUAUGGAAAGUGAAGUUCGUGUGAAAAGUCGGCGAAAAAUGCUCCCAACUAGAAAUGAAAGUACUAUGGAUUUCAGAAGCUGGGCUGAUACAUCCUGCUCUUCAGCAAACAAGAGACGCAUCUCUGCCAGGAAACCAGAUGCUGCUCCUACAUCCAGUUCAUCAAUUUGAAAAUAACCAAUAAAAUCUGCUUCCUAA